AAGUCACUUUCAUUUUUAUAACAUUUUUUAAUGUUACCUCAUCUUACAUCUUACAUUUUCUAUAAAAUAAUUGAGGUUGUAUUAUGGAUCAGUGGACCAUCACUCCAGGCUAGCCAUCUUGUAUGAUCACAGAAAAUUUAAAGAGGUUAUAUUUCUCUAUUAUUUCAGUUUACAGCUUUUCAACCAUGCAAAGAGGUUUGCUAGCAAAUAAAUAAAUAAAUACAUCCUCGACACAUUUAUAGUUUGGCGAUGGUGAGGGGAGAAAUUGUUUAAAGUCCAAGUAAUCAGACUAUUACCAAGAUUGCGUGGCGAGGGGGGAAGAGGGGGAAGGGGUGUGCAGCAGUGUGAGCAGAGCUGGAAGGAGCGAGGGGGGAGUGUCCAUCCUAGCGCUGGGCUCUGCUGCCACCUUGGCCGCGCCGCGGGACGUGCAGGCGGCCCCGCUCCGCGCCUGGCAGCGCUGCUCCUCCUGCCCACCAAACCUGCCCCGGCCAGGGCGGAUCAUGGCCCCGCUCACCUCACCUGCUGUUACACACUGCACAAGGAUGUAUGUGAUGUCUAAAGGUUAAUAACUUGUAAAAGAGCUGGAUCUGGAGAUCUGAGUGAAAUGGCACUUUUGGAAUUGUACUUUUAACGGCACCACGCUGAGGAAAGCGCAGAAGCUCUGUAUAUGUGCAUAUGAGAGGAAUUCGUGCCAUGCAGAUGAGUUUGCAGUGACAGAGAGGGACCACAGGUGAGUCCCAGCGAUCUGCUUUGCCAAGAGGAUUUUUCCAGCCCCUAAUCACAGAAAAGCCUUCCAUCUGCUCCCAGAGUUGGCGGUUCUCAUCUGUUUCAAGUGAAAACAACCAAGAAUAGAAAAUGGCACGUAAUAAAGAAUCCUCAGCCAAGUAGCCGUGUUGUCCUGCAUUCCCCCCUAACCAGCAUUCCCCGGCGCUGGGGUCUCUGUCCCCGGGCGAGAGAAAGAGCUCCAAAGGGUUAAGCCGCUGACUUGCUUGCUAGGCAAAGUUUGAGGAAGACUGUGUCUGAGGCUGGAUACGCUGCAGCCCCUCGUUUGAAAUCUGUCACCCUCACUUAGGAGCGCUGCAUCUCUGGCUGUCACCGGUGAAUAAUGAUCGCACGGCGAUAAGAUCGCUCGGCGGCGGUGCGCCGGGCCGCCCGGGGGAAGCGAGCACAGGAAAUUGCGAGGCGUUUAGCCGCUUCAGCGGGGUGUUCUUCAGUGUCAUCGGUGGGUGUCAGGGUCAAAUGACCGCCUGGAGAGCAGAUUGGGAAGAUAAUUUCUUUCUUCCUUUCCUUGAGAGGAACCUUGGUUGUUGGUGACCAUUGGCAGCUAUGGAAAACAGAGACCUCGGUGGUGAUCCUUAAAACAGUACCAUGCUGGAGCCCAGCUGUCCUGCCACUUUCUCCCCUUUCAACCUGCCGGACGCGGUGGGCUUUGGGUGACCUACCGAGAAGGAACUCACUUCCGCAGGAGCAGGCAGGCCAGAUCUGACAGAUAGCGGAUAUGAGGAGUUUUCUGACUUCAGAAAGCUGACAGAAACCAACAGACUUCAGUGAAAUACCCCUCGAAGCACAGAGACUUCUGCUAGCGUUAAAGUAACCUGUUGUUCAACUGCAAAGACAUGGCAACUGGUUCUUUUAGCACACAUGGAGGAAGGCAACAAACAUAACCCUGGCUAAUAAAACUGUUUUCCUUAUCAAAAUUAGGAGGUAGGCCAAUUAUAAAAGGAUUAUUUUAUUGUUAGCCUCAAGGACUUUAACUCUGGCCUGAACACUGGACAUAAAUAGAAGCCAAUUUUAAUGACCUGAGAUUUUGUUACCUGUGUGUUAUUAUUGUUAUCAGUUCCUAAACAUUUUGGUACUUUAUUUCUUUAAAUUAGAAAUGGGUUCGUGGACUAAAAUGUGGCCCACAGAUUGGGCUCUUCUCAUGAAAUCAUGGCUUAUCUUUUCCCUGGGGCUCUACAUACAGGUCUCCAAAACUUUGGCCUGCCCAAAAGUGUGCCGCUGUGACCGAAACUUUGUCUACUGUAAUGAACGAAGCUUGACCUCAGUGCCUCUUGGGAUACCGGAGGGUGUAACCGUCCUCUACCUCCAUAAUAACCAAAUUAAUAAUGCUGGAUUUCCUGCAGAGUUGCACAAUGUCCAGUCUGUGCACACAGUCUACCUGUAUGGCAAUCAAUUGGAUGAAUUCCCCAUGAACCUACCCAAGAAUGUCAGGGUUCUCCACCUGCAGGAAAACAACAUUCAGACUAUUUCUCGUGCUGCUCUUGCUCAGCUUUUGAAGCUGGAAGAACUGCACCUGGAUGACAACUCCAUCUCUACUGUUGGUGUUGAGGAUGGGGCAUUCCAGGAAGCCAUCAGCCUCAAGCUUCUGUUCUUGUCCAAGAAUCACUUAAGCAGUGUGCCAGUAGGCCUUCCGCUGGACUUACAAGAACUGCGUGUAGAUGAAAACCGAAUUGCUGUCAUUUCAGACCUGGCCUUCCAGAAUCUUACAAGUCUGGAGCGUCUGAUUGUGGAUGGCAAUCUCCUUACUAAUAAAGGCAUAGCUGAAGGCACCUUUAGCCACCUCUCCAAGCUCAAGGAAUUCUCAAUAGUUCGGAAUUCACUGACUUACCCUCCUCCUGAUCUUCCAGGUACACAUCUGCUAAGACUUUACCUGCAGGACAACCAGAUAACCCAUAUACCACUUACAGCCUUUUCAAACCUCCACAAACUGGAACGUCUUGAUAUUUCCAACAAUCAACUUCGGAUGUUGGCAAAGGGAGUAUUUGAUAAUCUCCAUAACCUGAGACAACUCACUGUAAGGAAUAAUCCCUGGUUAUGUGACUGCAGCAUUAAGUGGGUCACUGAAUGGCUCAAAUUCAUUCCUUCUUCCAUCAAUGUACGCGGUUUUAUGUGCCAGGGACCAGAGCAGGUCCGAGGUAUGGCAGUCAGGGAGCUCAAUAUGAAUAUGUUGUCAUGCCCUACCACCACCCCUGGUCUGCCACUUAUCAUCACCCCAGUCCCAGCUACAACUAUGCCAACUACAUUAGCUCCCAGCUCAUCAUUUCCUCCGUCAAGUAGUAAACAUAAUCCUCUCACUCCCAUUAUUGCCACACUCCCCACUGUGCCUGACAGGGAGGACAGAGAAAGGGUGACACCUCCUUUGUCUGAAUGGAUUCAGCUCUCCAUCCAUUUUGUGAAUGACACUUGCAUCCAAGUCAACUGGAUGUCACUUUUUUCAGUGAUGGCAUAUAAACUCACAUGGGUUAAAAUGGGCCAUAGUCUGGUAGGAGGAAUUGUUCAUGAACGAAUAAUUAGUGGUGAGAAGCAGCAAUCAAGCUUGGUAAAUCUGGAACCCAAAUCCACUUACAGGAUUUGUUUGGUUCCACUGGAUACUUAUAACAACUACGGAAUUGGAGAAGAUACUGUCUGUUCAGAAGCCACAACCAAGGCUUCCUUUUUGAAUGGCAGCAACAUCCCUUCCAGCCAUGAACAGACGACUUCUCAGAAUCUAGGCUCCCCAUUUCUGCUGGCAGGGUUGAUUGGGGGUGCAGUGAUAUUUGUCCUCAUGGUCUUGCUCAGCAUUUUUUGCUGGCACAUGCACAAAAAAGGUCGUUACACCUCCCAGAAGUGGAAAUAUAACCGGGGCCGUCGGAAAGACGACUACUGUGAGGCAGGGACCAAGAAGGACAACUCCAUCCUGGAGAUGACGGAAACCAGCUUCCAGAUUGUCUCCUUAAAUAAUGAUCAGCUCCUUAAAGGAGAUUUCAGACUGCAGCCCAUUUAUACCCCAAACGGGGGCAUUAACUACACAGACUGCCACAUCCCCAACAACAUGCGAUACUGCAACAGCAACGUCUCAGACCUGGAGCACUGUCAUACGUGAUAGUGAGGGAAGAUGGGGGUCUCUAGGACAAGGAGAAAAAAAACUCUAAAAUAAAUAAACCCCCCAACAAUAAUGAAAAAAAUUACAUUUGAUAAAUGUUACACAGAUGCAUUUAUGCAUUUGAAUACUCUGUAAUUUAUACGGUGUACUAUAUAAUGGGAUUUAAAAAAAAAGUGCUAUCUUUUCUAUUUCAAGUUAAUUGCAAAUGGUUUUGUAACUCUUUGCUUUUUAAAUCUUUAAAAAUAUUGCUGAGUACUGUACAGGGUUGUACAAUAAGAACCCAAUGUCAUGGCAAAGGAAAGAAUGACUCAUUCUUCAAACAUUAACCACUUUGCUGUCGAAGCAGUCUGAGGGAUGUUAAGUUUCUAGGUGUCCUGGAAUACAUGAAAAUAAGUGCAUAUUAAAACAGGGUCACUAGGAACAGACAAAAGCAAUUCAGAUAAAAUGGGCACAACUCUUCUGACUUGAACUCAGCAGUUGCUGUUGAGCUUCAAACAAUUGGAAAUACAUCCCUUCCUCUUUGUCAGUACUGCAGUUCUCACCUCCAACUGAAAGCUGGAGUUCUGAGUGCUGCCAAUAAAGCUACUUUCUUGUUUGAUUAGUUUUCUUUCAAUGUACUUGGAAUAGGAAACGUGGAAAGAGCUCAGUGUCAAACUCAAAGUGACCUUGAUUCCUAUUUGCAAAAGUUGCUCCGAAAAUGUCCCCAAUACUAGAUACUUUAUAGUAGGAACUGUUUGUGCUUUUCGUUAGGAUUAAGAAGCUUUAGGCAUUCUGGACCCUGCUCAGUGGGAGGUGAAGUUUAUGCAACAGUACAUAACAGAGAGCUUCAUCAAGUUGCGCCUCUUAAUAGAGCAAUAUUUGUUGACAUGGCAUGUUCAGGUAAAGCCGGAGUAAGGGAAAUUCUAAGUGCUCCCAGCUCUACAGUAUUCGUGUACAUGUUCAUGUAAUUUGAAAUCUAAAAGUGCAUAUAUGCUGAAAACAUGGUGCAAAAUAUAAUGACAAUGGAAAGGUUUUGCUAAUAAUUUGUAUGGUUCAAGCUUUGACUUAAGGGUCUGGGUUAUGUUCAGUACAGAGAAAUAAGGGGGAAGAAAAGACAAAAAGAGAAAACCAACAAGAAAUAUAUUGUAAAAAAUUAUUUAGUACUGGAAAGACCUUCAGGCUAUUAUGAACUGAAAUACGUUCAGUGAGGAAAAUCAUGUACAAAUCUUGGUGGGUUUUGUUUGUUUGUUUGUUUUGCUUUUUUUCCUUUCCAAUUAAAGUAUACAGAGACUGA